CUCACAGACAGUGGGUACCAUCGAGUGAGUGUCAGAGCAGAAAGCUAAGGCAGGAGCAGAGAGAAAGCCAUGGUCGUCUUUCUUUCUUUUCUUUUCUUUUUUUCUUAUUUAGUGAGGAUAUAGCACGUUUGAGAUUGUACUUUCUGCUCUAGUCAGAAUUCUAACGAACCUCACUGGAGACCAUUAUAUUCAACACAUUCAUGGAUUCUGUGCUCUGAUUUACCAUUCCUCUUAUUUCAGCACUUUCUUAUGCAAGGAGCUAAACAGUGAUUAAAGGAGCAGGAUGAAAAGAUGGCACAAUCAGUGCUGGUACCGCCAGGACCUGACAGCUUCCGCUUCUUUACCAGGGAAUCCCUUGCUGCUAUUGAACAACGCAUUGCAGAAGAGAAAGCCAAGAGACCCAAGCAGGAGCGCAAGGAUGAGGAUGAUGAAAAUGGCCCAAAGCCAAAUAGUGACUUGGAAGCAGGAAAAUCUCUUCCAUUUAUUUAUGGAGACAUUCCUCCAGAGAUGGUGUCAGAGCCCCUGGAGGACCUGGACCCCUACUAUAUUAAUAAGAAAACAUUUAUAGUAUUGAAUAAAGGGAAAGCAAUCUCUCGGUUCAGUGCCACCCCUGCCCUGUACAUUUUAACUCCCUUCAACCCUAUUAGAAAAUUAGCUAUUAAGAUUUUGGUACAUUCUUUAUUCAAUGUGCUCAUUAUGUGCACUAUUCUAACCAACUGUGUGUUUAUGACCAUGAGUAACCCUCCAGACUGGACAAAGAAUGUGGAGUACACCUUUACAGGAAUUUAUACUUUUGAAUCACUUAUUAAAAUACUUGCAAGGGGCUUUUGUUUAGAAGAUUUCACAUUUCUACGGGAUCCAUGGAAUUGGCUGGAUUUCACAGUCAUUACUUUUGCAUAUGUGACAGAGUUUGUGGACCUGGGCAAUGUCUCAGCGUUGAGAACAUUCAGAGUUCUCCGAGCAUUGAAAACAAUUUCAGUCAUUCCAGGCCUGAAGACCAUCGUGGGGGCCCUGAUCCAGUCGGUGAAGAAGCUCUCGGAUGUCAUGAUCCUGACUGUGUUCUGUCUGAGCGUGUUUGCUCUCAUAGGGCUGCAGCUGUUCAUGGGCAACCUGAGGAAUAAGUGUUUGCAAUGGCCCCCAGAUAAUUCUUCCUUUGAAAUAAAUGUCACUUCUUUCUUUAAUAACUCACUGGAUGGAAAUGGUACCACUUUCAAUAGGACAAUGAGUAUUUUUAACUGGGAUGAAUAUAUCGAGGAUAAAAGUCACUUUUAUUUUUUGGAAGGACAAAAUGAUGCUCUGCUUUGUGGCAACAGCUCAGAUGCAGGACAAUGUCCAGAAGGAUACAUCUGUGUGAAGGCUGGUAGAAACCCCAACUAUGGCUAUACAAGCUUUGAUACCUUUAGUUGGGCCUUCUUGUCCUUAUUUCGUCUCAUGACUCAAGACUUUUGGGAAAACCUUUAUCAACUGACAUUACGUGCUGCUGGAAAAACAUACAUGAUAUUUUUUGUGCUGGUCAUUUUCUUGGGCUCAUUCUACCUGAUAAACCUGAUCCUGGCUGUGGUGGCCAUGGCCUAUGAGGAGCAGAAUCAGGCAACACUGGAAGAGGCUGAGCAGAAAGAAGCUGAGUUUCAACAGAUGCUUGAACAGUUGAAAAAGCAACAAGAAGAAGCUCAGGCAGCAGCUGCUGCAGCUUCUGCUGAAUCAAGGGAAUUCAGUGGUGCCGGGGGCGUUGGCGUUUUCUCAGAGAGUUCUUCAGUAGCAUCAAAGUUGAGCUCCAAAAGUGAGAAAGAGCUGAAAAACAGAAGAAAGAAAAAGAAGCAAAAAGAACAGUCUGGAGAAGAAGAGAAGGAAGAUGGAGUCCGAAAAUCUGAAUCCGAAGACAGCAUAAGAAGAAAAGGUUUCCGUUUUUCCUUAGAAGGAAGUAGGCUGACAUAUGAAAAGAGAUUUUCUUCUCCACACCAGUCUUUAUUGAGCAUCCGAGGCUCCCUUUUCUCUCCAAGACGCAACAGUAGGGCGAGCCUUUUCAGCUUCAGAGGUCGAACAAAGGAUGUUGGCUCUGAGAAUGACUUUGCGGAUGAUGAGCACAGCACUUUUGAGGACAAUGACAGCCGAAGAGACUCUCUGUUUGUGCCACACAGGCAUGGAGAACGACGUCACAGCAAUGUCAGCCAAGCCAGCCGCACCUCCAGGGUGCUCCCCAUUUUGCCCAUGAAUGGGAAGAUGCACAGUGCUGUGGAUUGCAAUGGCGUGGUAUCGUUGGUAGGGGGACCCUCUGCCCUCACAUCUCCCACUGGGCAGCUCCUGCCAGAGGGCACAACUACUGAAACAGAAAUAAGAAAGAGACGGUCCAGUUCUUACCAUGUUUCCAUGGAUUUGUUGGAAGAUCCCACAUCAAGGCAAAGAGCAAUGAGUAUAGCGAGUAUUUUGACCAACACCAUGGAAGAACUUGAAGAAUCUAGGCAGAAAUGCCCACCUUGCUGGUAUAAAUUUGCUAACAUGUGUUUGAUUUGGGACUGCUGCAAACCAUGGUUAAAAGUGAAACAUCUUGUCAACCUGGUCGUGAUGGACCCUUUCGUUGAUCUGGCCAUUACCAUCUGCAUUGUCUUAAAUACUCUCUUCAUGGCCAUGGAGCACUACCCCAUGACAGAACAGUUCAGCAGUGUAUUGUCCGUUGGAAAUCUGGUCUUCACUGGAAUCUUCACAGCAGAAAUGUUUCUCAAGAUUAUUGCCAUGGAUCCAUAUUACUACUUUCAAGAAGGCUGGAAUAUUUUUGAUGGUUUUAUUGUGAGCCUUAGUUUAAUGGAACUUGGUUUAGCCAAUGUUGAAGGAUUGUCAGUUCUUCGAUCAUUUCGGCUGCUCCGAGUUUUCAAGUUGGCAAAGUCCUGGCCCACACUAAACAUGCUAAUUAAAAUCAUUGGCAAUUCCGUGGGGGCACUGGGUAACCUCACCUUGGUGUUGGCCAUCAUUGUCUUCAUUUUUGCUGUGGUUGGCAUGCAGCUCUUUGGUAAGAGCUACAAAGAAUGUGUCUGCAAGAUUUCCAAUGAUUGUGAACUUCCACGCUGGCACAUGCAUGACUUCUUCCACUCUUUCUUGAUCGUGUUCCGUGUGCUGUGUGGAGAGUGGAUAGAGACCAUGUGGGACUGUAUGGAGGUCGCUGGUCAAACCAUGUGCCUUACUGUCUUCAUGAUGGUCAUGGUGAUUGGAAACCUAGUGGUUCUGAACCUCUUCCUGGCCUUGCUCUUGAGUUCUUUCAGUUCUGACAAUCUUGCUGCCACUGACGAUGAUAAUGAAAUGAACAAUCUCCAGAUUGCUGUGGGAAGGAUGCAGAAAGGAAUCGAUUUUGUUAAGAGAAAAAUACGUGAAUUUAUUCAGAAAGCCUUUGUUAGAAAGCAGAAGGCUCUAGAUGAAAUUAAACCCCUUGAAGAUCUAAAUAACAAAAAAGACAGCUGUAUUUCCAACCAUACCACCAUAGAAAUAGGCAAAGACCUCAACUAUCUCAAAGAUGGGAAUGGAACUACCAGUGGUAUAGGCAGUAGUGUUGAAAAGUAUGUUGUGGAUGAAAGUGAUUACAUGUCAUUUAUAAACAACCCCAGCCUCACUGUGACUGUCCCAAUUGCUGUUGGAGAAUCUGACUUUGAAAACUUAAAUACUGAAGAGUUCAGCAGCGAGUCAGAUAUGGAAGAAAGCAAAGAGAUUAAGGAAGAUAUUGAAACGCUUUCCUGUGGGAUUGAUUUUCAGAAGCUAAAUGCAACUAGUUCCUCUGAAGGCAGCACAGUUGACAUAGGAGCGCCCGCUGAGGGGGAACAACCUGAGGCUGAACCUGAAGAAUCUCUUGAACCUGAAGCUUGUUUUACAGAAGACUGUGUACGGAAGUUCAAGUGUUGUCAGAUAAGCAUAGAAGAAGGCAAAGGGAAACUCUGGUGGAACCUGAGAAAAACUUGCUACAAGAUAGUGGAGCACAAUUGGUUUGAAACCUUCAUUGUCUUCAUGAUUCUGCUCAGCAGUGGGGCUCUGGCCUUUGAAGAUAUAUACAUUGAGCAGCGAAAAACCAUUAAGACCAUGUUAGAAUAUGCUGACAAAGUUUUCACUUAUAUAUUCAUCCUAGAAAUGCUUCUAAAGUGGGUUGCAUAUGGUUUUCAAAUGUAUUUUACCAAUGCCUGGUGCUGGUUAGACUUCCUGAUUGUUGAUGUCUCAUUGGUUAGCUUAACGGCAAAUGCAUUGGGUUACUCAGAACUUGGUGCCAUCAAAUCUCUCAGAACACUAAGAGCCCUGAGACCAUUGAGAGCCUUAUCCCGCUUUGAAGGAAUGAGGGUGGUUGUGAAUGCUCUUUUAGGAGCCAUCCCAUCCAUCAUGAAUGUACUAUUGGUCUGCUUGAUCUUUUGGCUAAUAUUCAGUAUCAUGGGAGUGAAUCUCUUUGCUGGCAAGUUUUACCAUUGCAUUAACUUCACCACGGGCGAGAUGUUUGAUGUCAGUGUAGUCAACAACUACAGCGAAUGUAAAGCCCUCAUAGAGAGCAAUCAAACUGCCAGGUGGAAAAACGUGAAAGUGAACUUUGAUAAUGUGGGACUUGGAUAUCUUUCUCUGCUUCAAGUAGCCACAUUUAAAGGAUGGAUGGAUAUCAUGUAUGCAGCUGUCGACUCACGAAAUGUAGAAUUGCAACCCAAGUAUGAAGACAAUCUGUAUAUGUACCUUUAUUUUGUCAUCUUCAUUAUUUUUGGUUCAUUCUUUACCUUGAAUCUUUUCAUUGGUGUCAUCAUAGAUAACUUCAACCAACAGAAAAAAAAGUUUGGAGGUCAAGACAUUUUUAUGACGGAAGAACAGAAGAAAUACUACAAUGCAAUGAAAAAACUUGGUUCAAAGAAGCCACAAAAACCUAUACCUCGACCUGCUAACAAAUUCCAGGGCAUGGUCUUUGAUUUUGUAACCAAGCAAGUCUUUGAUAUCAGCAUCAUGAUCCUCAUCUGCCUCAACAUGGUCACCAUGAUGGUGGAAACUGAUGACCAGAGUCAAGAAAUGACGAACAUUUUGUACUGGAUUAAUUUAGUGUUUAUUGUUCUGUUCACUGGAGAAUGUGUGCUAAAGCUAAUUUCUCUUCGCUAUUAUUAUUUCACGAUUGGAUGGAAUAUUUUUGAUUUUGUAGUGGUCAUUCUCUCCAUAGUAGGUAUGUUUCUGGCUGAGUUGAUAGAAAAAUAUUUUGUGUCCCCUACCCUGUUCCGUGUGAUCCGCCUGGCCAGGAUUGGCCGAAUCCUACGUCUGAUCAAAGGAGCAAAGGGGAUCCGCACAUUGCUCUUUGCUUUGAUGAUGUCCCUUCCUGCAUUGUUUAACAUCGGCCUCCUGCUCUUCCUAGUCAUGUUCAUCUACGCCAUUUUUGGGAUGUCCAACUUUGCCUAUGUUAAGCGGGAAGUUGGAAUUGAUGACAUGUUCAACUUUGAGACUUUUGGCAAUAGCAUGAUCUGCCUGUUCCAGAUUACCACCUCUGCUGGGUGGGAUGGAUUGCUAGCACCUAUUCUCAAUAGUGGACCACCCGACUGUGACCCUGAGAAAGAUCACCCCGGGAGCUCAGUUAAGGGAGACUGCGGGAAUCCAUCUGUUGGGAUUUUCUUUUUCGUCAGUUACAUCAUCAUAUCCUUCCUGGUGGUGGUGAACAUGUACAUCGCUGUCAUCCUGGAGAACUUCAGUGUUGCUACGGAGGAAAGUGCAGAGCCCCUGAGCGAGGAUGACUUCGAGAUGUUCUACGAGGUUUGGGAGAAGUUCGACCCCGAUGCAACCCAGUUCAUAGAGUUCUCCAAGCUCUCUGAUUUUGCCGCUGCCCUGGACCCACCUCUUCUCAUAGCAAAACCAAACAAAGUACAGCUUAUUGCCAUGGACCUGCCCAUGGUCAGUGGUGACCGGAUCCACUGCCUUGACAUUUUGUUUGCUUUCACAAAGCGUGUUCUGGGUGAGAGUGGAGAGAUGGAUGCUCUUAGAAUACAGAUGGAGGAGCGGUUCAUGGCAUCAAACCCCUCCAAAGUCUCUUAUGAGCCCAUUACCACCACUUUGAAGCGCAAACAAGAGGAAGUGUCUGCUAUUGUUAUCCAGAGGGCUUACAGACGCUACCUCUUGAAGCAAAAGGUUAAAAAGGUUUCAUCCAUAUAUAAGAAAGACAAAGGCAAAGAAGGUGACGGGACACCUAUUAAAGAAGACAUACUCAUCGACAAACUAAACGAGAAUUCAACCCCAGAGAAAACCGACAUGACACCUUCUACCACUUCUCCACCUUCAUAUGAUAGUGUCACCAAACCAGAAAAAGAAAAAUUUGAAAAAGACAAAUCAGAAAAGGAGGACAAAGGGAAAGAUAGCAGGGAAAGUAAAAAGUAGAAAGAAGAAAGAAUAUUCCAUUUUUGUGAUCAAUUGUUUACAGCCUGUGAUAGUGAUGUAUUUGUGUCAACAGGACUCCCACAGGAGGUCUAUGCCAAACUGACUGUUUUCACAAAUGUAUACAUAAGGUCAGUGCCUAUAACAAGACAGCGACCUCUGGUCAGCAAACGGGGACUCAAUAAACCCGGGAAACAGCGUCACAGGAGGUUUCUGUUUUCACAACCAGCUGACACUGCUGAAGAGCAGAGACCCAAUGGCUACUCAGACUAUAGGAACCAAUUUCAAAGGGGGAGGGAAGUUAAAUUUUUAUGUAAAUUCAACACGUGACACUUGAUAACAGUAGUUGUCACCACUGUUUAUGUUUCAACUGCCACACCUGCCAUAUUUUUACAAAUUGUGUGCUGUGAAUUUAUCACUUUUUUUUUUUAAUUCACAGGUUGUUUACUAUUACAUGUGACUAUUUUUGUAAUUGGGUUUAUGUUUGGGGAGAGGGAUUCAAGGGAGGGAACUCUCCAUUUCUCUAUUGUAUAACUGGAUGCAUUUUUCAAUGAAGGCAUGUUGCAAUUCUCAUUCACAUAUGAAAAAAUAUCACAUCACUCAAGGAAAGAGUUUACUUCUUGUUUCAGGAUGUUUUUAGAUUUUUGAGGUGCUUAAAAUAGCUAUUCAUAUUUUUAAGAUGUUUCAUCCAGAAAAAAAUUUUAAUGUGCCUGUAAAUGUUCCAUAGAACACAGCAUUUAAGAGUUGUUUUAUUUUUACAUAAUCCAUUAUAUGUACAUGUAUAUAUGUAUAUAUGUAUAUGUGCGUGUAUAUACAUAUAUAUGUAUACACACACGCGCACACUUACAGAGACACACGUACCAUUACAUAGUCAUUCAGAGUUGAGUCCUAGCAGCAUGACUACAACAUUUUUAUAAGUGUCCUUUAACAUAAAGUUAAAACAUGCUCUCAGUUCUUUCUAAGAAAUCUGAAUUGACCAAAAAGCAUCCCCACCACCACUUUAUAAAGUUGAUUCUUCUUUUUCCUGCAGUAUUGUUUAGCCAUCUUCUGCUCUUGGUAAGGUUGACAUAGUUUAUGUCAAUUUUAAAACAAAAGUCUGCUUUGUAAAUAGUAAUUUUACCCAGUGGUGCAUGUUUGAGCAAACAAAAAUGAUGAUUUAAGCACAGUAUUUAUUGCAUCAAAUAUGUACCACAGUAAGUAUAGUUUGCAAGCUUUCAACAGGUAAUAUGAUGUAAUUGGUUCCAUUAUAGUUUGAAGCUGUCACUGCUGCAUGUUUAUCUUGCCGAUGCUGCUGUAUCUUAAUCCUUCCACUGUUCCGAAGUCUAUUAUGGGAAGCCAUAUGUCAGUGGUAAAGUGAAGCGUGUUGUUCUACCAAGACCUCAUUCUUCAUGUUGUUAAGCAAUAGAUUGCAGCAAACAAUGAAGAGCUUCUUGCUUUUUACUCUUCCAAUCUUGACUGAACCCUCUAUGGUGAAAAGCCUGACUGUACAAACAUGUUGCAAGCUGCUUAAAUCUGUUGAAAAUAUAUGGUUAGAGUUUUCUAAGAAAAUAUAAAUACUGUACAAAGUUCAUUUUAUUUUAUUUUUCAGCCUUUUGUACAUAAAAUUGAGAAAUGAAAAGUAUCUUCAGGUUGAUGUCAUAGUCACCAUUGUUAGUUUCUGUUCUGAGCACUUUUAAAUUAAAGCACUUCACUAAAUAAGAAGUAAGCACUAAGAUGCAGUAUAGGUUUCUGCUUUUUUGAGUACUGUAAACUUGCACACAUUUCAUUGUGAAACAAAUCUCAAGCUGAAUCCAUUGAUUUGCUUUCAAAUAGGAAUGCCUUAUCAUUGAAAGAGGCUUAAGGAAAGAUCAGCUGAUUCUUAGCAUUGCUUGAAUUUUUUGUUUCCACCUAGUCUUUUUAUUCAGUAAUCAUCAGUCUUUUCCAAUGUUUGUUCACACAGAUAGAUCUAAUCAUACCAACUCACGUGGCACUAGAACUCGACCAGUUCUAGAAUAUUUGUGAUAUGGGAUUCAAGCUUUUCUUUCCCCCAACAAAACCAGAUAGUGAAAUUAUAUUACCAGUUAUAGCAAAACAUUUUGUGUUUCACAAGCAACAUUAAAUGUAGAUUCUUUAUACUAAAGCUAUUGACUUGUAGUGUGUUGGUGAAAUGCAUGCAGGAAAAUGCUAUUACCAUAAAGAACGGUAAACCACAUUACAAUCAAGCCAAAAGAAUAAAGAUUUUGCUUUUGUUUUCGUAUUUAAUUGUUGUCUUUGUUUCUAUCUUUGAAAUGCCAUUUAAAGUUAAAUUUCUAUCAUGUAAAAAUGAUCUCUCAGAAAACGUAAAUGUAAAGAGUACACGUUAAAUAUAAUAAUUCAUCUUUAAAUUUUUUCUUGGAAUGGAAAUUAAUUAAGAAGAGUGUAUUGGAUAUCUAGUUUUAAUAUUGGCCAAAACCCUAGAAAUGGUAUCAGAUAGAGCAGUGGAAAGUUAUAAAAAUUAAUAAAAAAAAUUGACUAACAUUUUAA